UUUUUCCCUUCCUUCCUUCCUUUCUUUCUUUCUUUCUUUCUUUCUUUCUUUCUUUCGUGCCGACGCAGCGCAUUGGUCUAAAUAAAAAACGGCAUUCGCGGUGAUGAAUGCAGCAUUCCGGGUGAAUUUAUUCCGAUCGAACUAGUGAAAUUGCUAGAAAAAUACGGGGAGGGGUGGUAUAACGAACGCUCGAAGUUUUUCGAAAUUUCGCGAAAAACAAACGGAUCUUGGGCCGCGCCACGGGAUAUGACACCUAUUGUUUUCUCGAUAACGACGAUAAUACGGAAAUAUCGUUUGUUCGGUUCGAACGGUGUUUCGAUGCGGCCUGAGUGCGUUGGAACAGCUCGAGCACAGAGAGAAGAGAAAGAGAGAAAGAGAGAGAGAAAGAGAGAGAUUUUCUAUUCGCGAGCCGAUGUUUUGUCCGGGAAGCAUUUCGAAACGCUUCCUGACGCUCUAUCAACCGUGAACAAACGCGAUCGAUUUCGCUCCCUUUCCACCGCCUGUAAUUACGUCAAAUCUCUUUAAUCUUCUUUUACGAGAAUCGUCCGCGAGAAGCCACGCGAGAAGCUAUCCUCGUCCUCUAAUUUUUUUACCCUUCUCGUUUCGACACCUGCUUCGCGAGGCGAGGCGUUAUCUUAUCUCUUUGGAGAUAAGAUAAGAUAAGGAAAAUCGAUAUAAUUGAGGGGAAUAGGACUUGGUAACAAAGGUAACAGUAGAAAAGAACUAUAUUUAAUAUAUUUAAUAUAAGGAAUAAAGUGGGAAUAAACUGUGUUAAACGAAUACUUUUGUUCUAUCGCUUUAAGCUCACAUUAUGUCGUUUCGCACGAUGGUUCGAACAAUGUAUAUUAAAUGGAGAAAAUUCAUUUUUAAAUUUAUAAAAAAUAAUUGUUUCGAUGUAACGUGUAAUAACGUAUAAUAUAAUAUGUUAAAACUCUUUAAAACUCUCAUUAAAGUUUUAAUCCCCUUUUUUAAACGUUGACAGAUUAAACACAAAAUACGCGUUUAUAGGCAGACAAUUGAUCGGUCACGUUUCAAUAUUUGAGAAAUAUUUUGUAAAUUUAUUAAGAAGCGUAUUCGAACCGCUAUUCAAAAAAGGGGAACAAACAAAAUAGAAUUGAAACAAUGACAUCCAAUUUACGCAUAAAUAUAUAUGAAAUACGAGUCGUACCUUUACAUACACAUAUAAGCUCAACGCUUUUCAAGAUGUACAUUCAUUACCGCGUAAAAAUAUACAUUGAUUAAAUCUCUUUGCUUUUUCAUUUUUUACCUGAGAUUUCUAAAACGUGAAAAUCUAUUUCCUGGAGAGAAUUUUAUUCUUCGAACUAGAUUUCUCUCUCCACUGUGCAAUUUAUAUAAUAAUAUAAAAUAGAAAAACAGUUUAUUCAAUAUUGAUAGAUCAAUUCUUUCCAAAAUGAUUUAUCGUCACGUAAGAAUGUACGUCGAAUUAAACGCUCUUCAUUUUUUUGAUCUUCUAUAAGAAAUUUUCUUUGCGGAAAAAUCUAUUUUCUCCACUUGAAUAAUUUAUACACGAUCCUUUAAAAUAGACGUUUGUUUAAUAUCAGAGCGAUACUUUCUAUUAAGGAACAAAUUGUAAAACGAUUCGACCAAAACCAACGGCGAGAAAGAAUAUAUUCGAUACAGGAGAAAUAGAAGUAAACUGUGGGUCGUGCUCGAUGCCUUCUAUCGUUCCACCUCUCCGAGUUCGAAAGGGAGGGGGAAACAGACGAAACGGAAUCAUAACAGCGAUCGCGUCCAAUGCGACGCCCGAUUCGCGCAUAAACAUAGUCGCACCUUUACAUGUAUACAUGUAUCUCAACACGACGAACUUCUCACGUUUAUCGCGCGACAGAAAGAAAUAAAAGCGAAAGAAAGAAAGAAUAAUCACAAGUUAAAAAUGCACAACGUUACGAACGUAGAUUUUUAAAGCAGUUAUAAAUCAUUUAUAAAAAAAUUAAGUCAAAGUAUUCCUUUCGUGCGUUGUAUCGCCUUUUAUUCCUCUUUCAAAUAUUUUUUCGUUUCUUUGCUCUUUUGAACGAAACUAAAGAGAGAAAAAGAGAGAUACUUUUGAUGUUGGAAAACCAGGCCUCCUCUUCCCAUUCCCCUCUCCCCGGAUAUUUUAAUUCCGCCGAGAUAUUUUUAUCAUAUUAUUCGCGCCACGAUCGCAUUUCCGUAUAAACCGCGCCGAAAUAGAAUUUCGAUGUACGAAAUAUUGGCAGUCUCUGUCAUUUUCCGGACAGGGAACGUGGACAGAACCGUUUUUCGAACCGUUGAAAACACGUGGAAUUGUAAUCGGGUUUCGCUCUCUCUCUCUUUCUCUCACUCUCUCUCCUCCAUUUUCACGCGCGUGACGAGAUUACACGUUCGCUGGCGGACGAAAUCUCCGGGACGCGGUCAUCUCUCUCUCUCUCUCUCUCCCCCCUCCACCUCCGUCGUAUUGUAAUUUAAGGAGAAGAUAGAGGGACGUGGUCGUGACAGAAGCGCGCGAAAUAUGAUCGGGUAAAUGACACGGUCGAGUUUUAAACGAACACGAAAGAGGGUAGGGAGGGGAUAAAGUUGAUUUAUUAAUUAUUUUGAACCAGAGGAGGGGGGAGAGGGCGCAACAUUGAAAAUUUAAUCCAGAUGUAUCCAGCGCGAAACUUUCGUUAUUUGUCUUCUUGACUCGUUUCCUUUCAAGUUCUUAAGUAACUGGCUUCGUUUAGAAGAAACUUUGAAGGAAGCGCUCUCGAGUGAUUUAGAAGAAGAAGAAGAAGAAGAAGAAGAAGAAGAAAAAGAAGAAUGUUCGAGAACAUUUUUCAGGUUGAGAUAAGAUUAUGCUGUAAAAAUAUGGAAGAAAGGAAAGUCGAAGGACGAACAGGUAAGGAGGAGACGUCGCGACGGGUGGAUGCGGACGAACGUUCGAGAAUAACCGAUCGGGAGGACGAGAAGAAUGUUGAACGCGUGAACGUGUGGGACACGUUGAGGUAUUACCUCGACGGAUUUAGGUACUAUCAUUACGUGGUCGCUGAAAAAGUGAACAAAGUAAUCGGUCUUGUCUGCCUUGCGAUAAUUAAGUUGUAUUUUUUCUUAAUGGGAUUGGACAGAUAUAUCGACAUCGACGACGACGAAACGGAGGAUGCGGGCCUAUGAGCGAUAAUAAUAAUAAUAGUAAUAUUCUCGAAUUUUUUUAUAUCUGCGAAAUCGUUUCGACUGUCAAAUACAAAGAAAUGGGAUAAGGAUAUAUUUUAAAUAGAGGAAUAAACUGUGUGUGUGUAUGUAAUGUAUAUUAAAUGGAGAAAUUUUCAAACGUGUAAAAAAUAAUCGUUUCGAUAUAAACAAUCAACGUACGUUGAAACUCUUGCACAUUAAAAUUUUAAAUCCCCCUUUUUAAACGUUUACGGAUUAAAAUACCCAGAGAACUAAUUGAUAAUUGAUGAGUCACGCAUUUCAAUGGCCGAGGAGCGUUUAAAUUUCAAUUUUACGAACGGACACGAAACGUAUUUAUAUUUUAAUUUAAAUCGUUAUAAAUUAUCGACAAGUCUUUUUUCUUUUUUCCUUUGUAAAUCAAGCUUAAUGUUUUAAUCGCUUCGUGCUAGAAAUUGCAAUGAUUUGUCGAUGAUUUUUUUACACGUUGUUGCACGCGAAAAGAAGAAAGUUUCGAUUCAGAAAAUUUUGCAACGGAACGAAUUCUUCGAUCUAUUGAUGCGAUUAUUUAUUUAUUUUAUUUUGGAGAAAUAAGCAAUAACGAUAUUCCUAUUUUAUUCCACUUUAGCUGGCAUUUUUUUUUAUCGUUAUUUAAAUUAUCUGGCUGAUAUCUAUUUACAGAAUAGCAUAACUUUUUUUAA